AUGUGGACUCCUUUCCUCCUGAGCUGCCUGCUCUACACCCUGGCGAUAGUGGCACAACCGAAGUACCUGAUCAUCCUCCCGGCUGAACUGCCCUUCCCCUCUUCCCAGAGGGUGUGCUUGGACCUGCGUGGUGUGGAGAAGCCUAUUCGUGUAGCCUUAACUCUUGUGCAUGCCUCUGGCAACAUCAGCAUCUACCGCAAGGUUGUCCGGAACAACUGGAUCUUUGAGUGCUCCAGGUUUCAGGUCCCCAAACCUGCAGGCAGCCAAGAGGUGGGCACUGUCCAGCUGCAUAUCUCCAAUGGCCACUAUUUCAGUGCAAAGGAGGAGAAGCAAGUCCUGAUUCGUAGGACUGGCACUGGCACCUUCAUCCAAAUGGAUAAACCUGCCUAUAGGCCAGGACAGACAGUGAAAUUUCGGAUAGUGACAUUGACUGAAGACUUUGUCCCCGUUAACAGCAAGUACUCCAUGGUGGAAAUCCAGGACCCAAACCAAAACCGCAUUGGCCAAUGGCUGGAUGUGAGACCAAAACAGGGCAUUGCAGAUCUCUCUUUCCAGUUAGCUACUGAACUCUGUCUGGGGACUUACACCAUCAGUGUGGUGAACCCAAAAGUGUCCAGUACAUUUAAGGUGGAGGAACAUGUGUUGCAGAAGUUUGAUGUUUUCUUCGAAGGACCGGUUCAGAUUUAUGCUUCAGAUAAAACCUUCCCACUGCGUGUAUGUGGCAGGUACCACUAUGGAAAAGCAGUGCAAGGGACCAUGCGGGUGACUUUGUGCCAGAAGGCAAGGAGGCGUCUUCAAAAUGUCAGCAAGGAUAUCUGUAGAGAAUACAGUGGUCAGGUCACUGGGAAGGCUGGCAUUGUUGUCAGGGGACAGAGGAGCGUCCAGGUUGGGAAGCUGAACAUGUUGAAGGGCUCCUUCUCCAUCCCUCUGACCUUCACUGCUGACUUCACCCCAUCACCUUCUUUAGUGGUGUACGCUAUCUUCCCCGGUGGAGGGAUAACAGCAGAUAGCAUCCGCUUUGACGUUGCCUUGUGCUUUGAAAAUGAGGUCAAAGUAGGUUUCCUGGCUAAAGAAGCCCACCCAGAGUCAACAGUGCAGCUCCGACUGCAGGCAGCCCCUGGCUCCGUGUGUGCAGUACAGGCCGUGGAUGAAACCAUGUUCCUUGUGAGACCGGAGAGUGAGCUGACAAGUCAAAUGGUCUAUGGCUUGUUCCCUGCUAUCUACCGACAUGGGUACCCUGCCCAAGUCGAGGAGUAUCCAGAUCACUGUGUUCAGCCCCACUCCACAUCACCUCUGCUGCAAGGGAAACCGCAGCAUUCCUUUCAGCCUGACAUCUUCAACCUCUUCUGGAACAUGGGUCUGAAAAUCUUCUCAAACCUUGCAAUCAGGAAGCCAACUCAAUGCUCUCAUCGGGCAGAUAGCAAGCCAAUGAUGGGGGGUCCUUCUAUGGAAUACAAAAGAAUGACCGAGGAACAACCCCAAUUAACAACCCAAGGAAGAUUUCACCACUAUUUGCCUGAAACUUGGAUCUGGAAUCUGUUCUCUGUUGGCUCCAACGGGAGCAGGAGCGUCCCAGUCACAGCGCCUGCUGCUGUCGCUGAGUGGAAAGUCAAGACAUUCUGCUUGGCUGGGAGGGGGUUUGGACUUGCCCCGACCACAAGUCUCAGAACAGUACAACCUGUCUUUGUGGAUGUGACAUUGCCAUAUUCUGUGAUACAAGGAGAGACCUUCACGCUGAAGGCUACUGUCUUUAACUACCUGCAGCAGUGCAUACAGAUACAGGUAGCCCUGGCUAAAUCCCCGGACUUCCAGGUGGAGCUGUGCCGGACCUGCAGGGACAGAGAGUGCCUCUGCGUGGAAGAGUCCAAGACCUUCGCGUGGAACAUGACAGCAAUCCAGCUGGGGACUCUGAAUAUCACAAUCAGGACUGAGGUACUGGACACCACACCACGCUGUGGGGACAGGAAGCCCUUGCCAGCUACCACGAGGCGGAGGCACAUUCUGGUCAAACACUUGCUGGUUCGGCCAGAAGGUGUGCUAGUGGAGAAGUCUUACAGCUCCAUUCUGUGCCCAAGAGGAGGAAACAUGGUUGAAGAGCCUGUGCCCCUUCACCUCCCUGAUAAUGUAGUAAAGGGAUCUGCCAGAGCUUCAAUUUCCAUCUCAGGUGACCUCAUGGGGAUUGUGUUACAGAACCUGGACCACCUGGUGCAGUUGCCCCAUGGAUGUGGGGAGCAGAACAUGGUGCUGUUUGCCCCCGUUAUCUAUGUGCUGCAAUACCUGGAGAAGACAAGGCAGCUGACCCCUGAAAUCAAGGAGAAGGCAGCAGGACUCCUGCACAAUGGGUACCAGACACAGCUUCUUUAUAAGCAUAGAGAUGGGUCCUACAGUGUCUUCGGGCAGCAGGAUGGGGAGGGGAACACUUGGCUGACAGCUUUUGUUGUCAAGAGUUUUGGCCAAGCCAAGAAAUACAUCUAUGUAGAUGACAAGAAUAUCCAGGAUGCCUUACGCUGGCUAGAGCAAAAUCAACUCCCCAGUGGCUGCUUUGCCACCAAAGGGAGUUUCUUUCAUUCCUCUAUAAAGGGCAGUGUGGAUGAUGAAAUCUCCUUGGGAGCGUAUGUCGCUGCAGCACUGCUGGAGCUGGGUCAGCCACUGAAGGGCAAGAUGAUGCAGAGUACCCUCCACUGCCUGCAGCAGGCAGUUCACAACGUCACCAGCAUCUACACAGAAGCUGUACUGGCCUAUGCUUUUGCCCUGGCCGGAGACUAUGAGACAACCCAGGAGCUGCUAUACAAGUUGGAGGAACAGGCCAUCAAAUCAGGAGGACAAAUACACUGGAGCCCCAAACCAAGCUCCCCGGCUUCCACAGCCUUCUGGCCUGGUACUCAGUCAGUGGAUGUAGAACUGACAGCCUACGUGCUCCUGGCAUACCUUUCCAAGCCACGGGUGCAUGCAGGUGACAUGACAACUGCAGCUGGUAUUGUGGCAUGGCUGACCCAGCAGCAGAAUGCCUAUGGGGGCUUUGCCUCCACCCAGGACACAGUUGUUGCCCUGCAAGCUUUAGCAAAAUAUGCAGCAAGGACCUUCAGCACAUCAGGCCAAGCACUUGUGAGGGUGAAGUCCCACAGGGGCUUUGGGAAGACAUUCCAAGUCACCCGCCAGAAACGGCUGCUGGUGCAGCAGGCAGCGCUGACAGAGAUCCCAGGGCAGUUCCUGGUGCAGGCCCAGGGCAGCAGCUGUGUUUUUGCUCAGACAGUGCUGAGGUACCACAAGUCUCCCCCACGGACCACUGUAACCUUCACUCUGCGUGUCAACACAGAGCUGGCCAACUGUAGCCAGGCCAACACGCGUGCCCUUGUUGUCCGCAUCCUUGUCAGCUACAUUGGCAGCAGAGUCACAUCCAACAUGGUGAUCAUGGAGGUCUCCUUGUUGUCUGGAUUUGUCCUGGCUCCAGGCUCCAGGAUGUUGCUGGAGCGCAAAACCAUCAUUAAGAAAAUAGAAGUGAAAGCUGAUGUGGUCUACAUUUAUCUGGACAAGCUCAAUGAUGAAUCUCAGACUUUCAGUCUGCAACUGGAACAAAUAUUUGAGAUGAAGAACCUGAAACCAGCCACCGUCAAAGUCUAUGAUUACUACCAGCCAGAGGAGCGAGCCUUGGCUGACUACAAUGCUGUCUGUAGCUGA